AUGUCGGUCGUCCCCAAAUGCGACGAGGCUGGCUGUACCGACAACGCCAUCAGAGUCAACUCUCGCUGCCGAUUCUGCAAGCUCAACUUCUGCUGGGCCCACUUUGAGAACGAGACGAGUCAUCCGUGUGUCACUGCGCCCCACCCCGAGACGAACAGGGACGGUUUCGAAUUUGAAAAGGAGCCCGAGGCUUCUGAAAUCCUGCGACACCUCGAUAUGCACGCUAUCAAAGCAGAAGUCGAGUCCAUCUGGCCGGGUCAUAUCUGCAACUAUGUCGGUAAACCACAGAUAUGGCACGAACUCGCUCGUCUGUGCGGACAGUACAACCAUAGCAUUGUCCUCGGGUUUGCAGACGGCCAGCGAUGGGCUAUGCGGAUACGCCUGAAACAGAGGAAAUACCUGCCCGACUUGGCGCUGGAGGCGAGUAUAGACAGUGAGAUUGCUACGGCGAGGGCGCUAGAGAGCGCGGGGUGUGCGGUGCCACGUACAUGGGAAAGACCAAGAGACAGCCUCCUAUCUCGCAAUUUGACCUACUUUUACCAAGAGUUUGUCCCCGUCGGCGACUGUACAAUGUACACCCUCUGGACCGAAGUCUACACCCAGCAAACCAAGACAUUCAUCCGCAAUUUCGCCAAAUGGAUGAUUAGCCUGGAAAAGGUCCAUUUCGACAAAAUGGGUUCUCUUACCCUGACAGAGGACGGCGACGUCACUGUCGGUCCUUUCAUCGAGCGCCGAACGACCAUCGACGUCGCGCCCUACUUUCUCGGUCCGUUCAAUACUGCCAAAGAGGGCUACCUCGCCAUCAUCGAUGUCCGCCUGGAGCAGACUUUGAAUCGCGCACGAUACAAGCCGAGUCGGGAGCUGUUGCACUAUUUGGUGUUGCUGGAGGUGCGCCAUCUGGUGCAAAAUUGUUGUCCAGAGCUGGAUGUGGGGCCGUGGUAUAUCCGGCAUAACGAUGAUGAUACCAAUUUCGUGAGGGUCACUUCGGAGGGGUCUAUUACUGGAGUCAUCGAUUGGAAGUGGGCAACCCUCACGAGCAAAGGUGCCGCAUUUGCCGCCCCCUUCUGCUUCCCCGACGACAAGUACUCGGAAGGCGUCAACGCUCUCGGCGUGCGCGAACUCGCCCUCAUCGAAGCCUACCGCGAACUCGACCGAAACGACCUCGCCGAGCUCGUCCGCACCGGCCGCAAAUUCCACCGUCUCUUCAACGUCCUCUUCCACGAAUGCGUCACCCUCACAACGCUCAAUGCGCUGAGAAGGGCGUUUUUGGGUUUGGCGGAUGGCAAGCAGGGGUUGCCGCAGACGUUGAAGGAGUGGAUUCAGGUGGCAAAGCAGAAUUACGCGGAUGAUGAGAAUCUGCCAGUGAUGCUCAAGAGGAGCGACGACUUUGUGAAGAAUAGUAAACAGGCGGGGACGUAUAGCGAGCACUGGGGGCUCAGGUAA